AUGGCACAGCGGAUGAUUGUCUCCGGCGCUUCGUCUGCUGCUUAUUACAUCGGGGACGCUCUGCAAACCGCCUUUUGGCUGUUCAAGAAGCCGCUGGGUGUCCUUAUUUUUGUUAUGGGCCUGGCGGUCCUUUGUAACUACGUCGUUGGAAAGAUCGGUGAUAUGCUUUCCCCCCUUUGCUUGGUUCCAGUCAUUUCAACCACCAUGUUCUGCGUUCAUCGCACAACAUUCUCACCCACCGUGAACAAAGUGCCACACUUGGCGGACCUCGACAAAUUGAUCGAGCUGCAUGGCAACUUUGGGGGCCUCCUGGAUACAAACGCGGACGCGGGCGCAAUAGGUACGAAGCUCCUGCAGGCGGAGAUUGCGACGCGCGACCUGGUCACGCUCGUGCGUGUCAGUGACCUGCGCAGUCGAGACAUGCUCGCAGGAGCUCUGAUGCAGUUUGUGGAGGAUGCGAAGAGGACAGGAGAAGGAUUACAUAGUCUGAAUGCAAAGGUCAACGGCGCAGUAGAUCGCAUCACGGCCAUGAACGAUUACGCCAUGAGCACAAUAUCUGCCGCGGCGGUCGAUGGCAGUCCGUUGUCGUGGAUCGCUACCAUUUUUGCGUUUCACUCCGGCACUCCGGCCGUCAUUGUCCAGUCAUACAGAGAUGUAAUGGAAACACUGGCAGCGGAGACUGAGCGCGCGCUCCUGGAGGCAUCUGUCAGCGCCGCAAACCUCGAGAGGCUCCAAGAACACCUUCUCACAAUUCACGAAAUCUGCAUGAGGGAGGGGCUCUCCCUGAGUGCCGCGCGCGCAAAGCUGCUUUCCGAGCUAUGGUCGAUUCUCGGUGGAAACCGCGACGCGCUGCGCAAGGCCGAGGGACGACUUGCCCUCCUUGCGGAAGUCGACCAAUAUCGCAAACAGGCUCUCGACCAUGUGGUCAUGACGCGCGACGUGCUCAAGAAGGUGGCGGCGGACGUGGAGGAGCUGAGGGACCGCUCGGCCGCACCUCAGAUUGUCGGUGAGCGCGUGCCGGUGGAGGUUUUGAUCCGAAGCAUUGGCCAAGGCAUCGAGAGGCUGCAGGAAGGGCGUCAGCGAGCGAGCGGGGGACGGCAUGUAAUGAACAGAUUAUUGGCGGCGUCCAACAACGAUUUCGGCGGCAAAAGGGUUUGA